AUGGCCUCCCGGCAGGACGCCGAGCUCAAGCAGCAGGGCGCCAUCGAGGCCGCACAGGACCCCAACACCAGCGUGUCGCCCGAAGCGGCCGAGCAGAAGGUGCUCGACGAAGGCCGCAAGGCCGGCGGUGCUGGGGCCGCCCUGGCCUUUAACCCCGACGACUCGCCCCAAGAGAAGGCUGCCCAAGCCCGCUCUGACGACGGUUCUACGCCCCAGUAUGCCCUGCCCUCGCCUUCCAAGGCCGGUGCCAUUGAGCCGCCCCCGGUCUCUCCCACGGCUAAGUCGGAUGCCUCGGCGGUGACCGCCCCAGAAGACGAGGAGAAGCGUUGGGACCGCGUUGGCUGGGCCCCUCGCUUCGGCAUGCCUGGCGAUUUCGAGGACGACGAUGCAGAUGGCACAUUGGCAGACCACCAGACGCUCCUUGAGGGUGCGCUGGAUGACAAGUUCUUUGGAGACUGGUACCAGAACGCUGGUGUAAUUGUCUUCUCUUGCUUUGCCUCAUGGAUCAUAGCCGUCCUGGGCGGUGGCCUGGGCUGGCUUUUCAUCGUCAUGGCUUUCUGCGCGACCUACUACCGUACCUCGAUCCGCCGUGUGCGGAGAAACUUCCGAGACGACCUCAACCGCGAGAUGGCCAAGGCCCGCCUGGAAACGGACACUGAGAGCCUUGAGUGGAUCAACAGCUUUCUGGUCAAGUUCUGGCCCAUCUACGCCCCGGUUCUCUGUGCUACAAUUGUCAGCUCAGUCGAUCAGGUUCUCUCGACUUCUUGCCCCACUUUCCUGGAGAGUCUGAGGAUGAAGCUUUUCGUUCUCGGUACCAAGCCGCCGCGCAUGGAGCACGUCAAGACUUACCCCAAGGCCCAGGACGACAUCGUCUUGAUGGACUGGAAGUUCAGCUUCACUCCAAAUGACGUCUCGGAUCUCACGGCUCGACAGAUCAAGAACAAGCAGAACCCCAAGGUCGUGCUCGAGAUCCGCGUCGGAAAGGGCGUGGUCAGCAAAGGUCUCGACGUCAUCGUCGAGGACAUGGCCUUUUCCGGUAUCAUGAGGCUGAAGGUGAAACUUCAGCUUGCUUUCCCGCACAUCGAGAAGGUCGAGUUCUGCUUCCUUGAGAAGCCCCACAUCGACUAUGUCUGUAAGCCUCUUGGUGGUGACACCUUCGGUUUCGAUAUCAACUUCAUCCCUGGUCUGGAGUCGUUCAUCCAGGAUCAGAUUCACGCCAAUAUUGGUCCCAUGAUGUACGCGCCAAAUGUCUUCCCGAUUGAGAUCGCGAAGAUGUUGGCUGGCAACCCUGUCGAUCAAGCUAUUGGUGUGCUGCAGAUCACUUUCCACAGCGCCCACGGCCUGAAGAACCCCGACAAGUUCUCCGGCACUCCUGAUCCCUACGCGACUGUCUCUAUCAACAACCGGGAAGUUCUUGGGCGCACGAAGACUGUGUUUGAAAAUGCUAACCCCACCUGGUCCGAAACUGUCAACGUUAUUGUUACGACCCUGAAGGAUACUCUUACCCUGACGGUCUACGACUACAAUGAAAUUCGCAAGGACAAGGAGCUUGGCGUUGCCUCGUUCGCUCUUGAUCAGCUUGAGGAAAACGAUUUCUUUGAGAAUCAGAGUCUCGAGGUCCUGGCCAAUGGCAGAGCGCGCGGUACCAUUCAGGCUGACAUCCGUUUCUUCCCCGUCCUCGAGGGCUUCAAGAACGAGGAUGGCACGGAAAUGCCUCCCCCGGAAUCGUCUACUGGCAUCGUUAAAUUCACCGUUGAGCAAGCGAAGGAGCUUGACAAUAGCAAGAGCAUGAUCGGUCAACUCAACCCCUACGCAGUGCUUCUCCUGAAUGGCAAGGAAGUCCACAUUUCGAAGAAGCUCAAGCGCACUAACAACCCGGUCUGGCCUGAUGCCACCAAGGAACUGCUCAUCACCGACAGAAAGAAGGCUAAGCUUGGUCUGGUCAUCAAGGACGACCGUGACCUCGCAACCGAUCCCAUUAUUGGCACGUACCAGAUCAAACUUACUGAUAUGCUCGACUUGAUGGAGAAGGGCAAGGAUUGGUUUAACCUGGCUGGUGUCAAGACUGGCCGCGCCAAGAUGACGCUCCAGUGGAAGCCUGUUGCCCUGAAGGGCGCUCUUGGCGGCGGUGGCGGCUACAUCAAGCCUGUCGGUGUCAUGCGUCUUCACUUCCGCGGUGCCCGUGAGCUGCGCAACCUCGAGGCCAUGGGCAAGUCUGAUCCCUAUGUUCGUGUCUUGCUCUCCGGUAUCGAAAAGGGUCGCACUGUUACAUUCAAGAACAACCUCAACCCCGACUGGGACGAGGUCGUCUACGUCCCUGUUCACACAGCUCGCGAGAGGCUUAUCCUUGAAGUCAUGGAUGAGGAAACCGUUGGCAAGGAUCGCUCCCUGGGUCAUAUUGAGCUUCCUGUGGAGGAUUUCCUCAAGCAAAACGAGAAUGGCGAGUAUGAGGUGUUUGAGGAUAAGUCCAUCUUGUCUCAGGGUCUGCGCACGAGCCCCACGUCCCCGCCCAAGGGUACCCUCAACUAUUCGGCCUCGUUCUACCCCGUACUCAACGUCGUCGACCCCGAAGAUGAGGACUCGGACGAGGCACGCAGCAGCAUGGAUACUGGGCGUCCUAGUCUGGACUCGAGACCCGCUCGCACUCCUGGCCACACUCCGAAGAGCAGCACCGGUUCCGCAAAGCUCGCUGAGCGCGAUCUCAACCGCGUCAGCACUAAUGGCUCUGCCGAUCUUGCCAAGAAGCUCGCCGAGGGCGAGAAAGAGCAAGAGGAAGAGAUCGAGAGAAAGCCAGAAGCGCCAAGGAUCACCUUGAAUGCCGAGGAGCUGAGCGAGUACGAGUCUGGUCUGCUUGUCUUCAAGCUUGUCGAGGGCGAAUUUGCACACACGGACUGCUACCUUGAGGUUCUUAUGGACGACCAGAUCUUCGCAAGCUACUCUAGUUCAAAGAUUAGGUCGAAACACACGACUUUCAACGAGAUUGGCGAUGCCAUGAUCCGUGAAUUGGACUUCUCACGCAUCACCCUGCGCCUUGUCGAGCACCUCGACAAGAAGGGCGAAGGCGAGGAGGACGAAAUCAUCGGAAAGCUCCAGGGAUCUACUCUUGAUACUCUCCGACGCUGUCUGUACACUCCGACGGUUCUUUCCUUCCGCGACAAGAAUGGCAAGGAGAACAAGGUCACUGUGUCGCUCAAGUAUCUCCCUGUGAAGAUGAAACUGGAUCCCUCGGAAUCGUUCAACAACAGCGGAAAUCUCCGUGUCGAUGUUCUUGAUGCUGCAGAUCUCCCCGCUGCGGAUCGCAACGGCUACUCCGACCCGUACUGCAAGUUUGUGCUCAACGGAAAGGACGUCUACAAGACCGAUAAGCAGAAGAAGACGUUGCAUCCCGCGUGGAACGAGUUCUUCGAGGUUCCGGUCAGGAGCAGGACCGCUGCAGAGUUCAAGGUGGAUGUGUACGAUUGGGACUUUGGCGACAAGGCUGACUUCCUGGGCGGUGCUGCCAUCGACCUCACCGUACUCGAGCCUUUCAAGCAACAGGAGGUCACUCUUGGUCUCAAUGGCAAGAGCGGCGCCAUCAGACUAAAGAUGCUGUUCAAGCCAGAGUUCGUUAUGCGCUCGAGGCAAGGCUCGUCGACAUUCUCCGGAACAUUCGCUGCUCCUGGAAAGGUCAUCGGCGCUCCCGUCAAGGGCGUUGGCAAAGGCGCAGUAUUCGUUGGAGGCAAUGUCAUCAAGGGCGCAACGUUCGUCGGUGGUGGCGUUGGAAAGGCUCUUGGCUUGAAGGGCCGCCGCAAGAGCCGUUCAGCCAACACGGGUGAUAGCGAUGACGAGUCACCCCCACCACCACCACCUGUACCUGCACCGAACGGCGAGGCUGCUGGGAGCUCAUCCCCUCCGCAGAUCAAUAUUGACUCGGCAGAGCCUCCUACCACUCCGCAUCAGCGCCACAAGUCCAUGGGCGCUGCGUCCAUCGCCUCCGGUUUCGGUCCGUCGCCCGGUGGUGCGGAAACCGGUGUUGCAUCGAUUGCCAUUCUGACCGCCAUGGGCUACCCGCCCUCGGCCAACGUUCGCGUCCACCUGGCCAUGUUGAACAACAGAAACCAGCUGAAGGAGAUCCAUAAGACCAAGGACAUCAAGUCUUCCUCUGGCACAGUCGACUUCGAUCCCCACCGCGAGACGGUCAGGACGCAGUGCACAGCUGAUACGCAGUUCAAGAUCACCGUCAAGGACCACAGCACAUGGGGCUCUGACGACGAGCUCGGCGAGCACGUCUUCUUCCUGGAUGACCAGGGUAGCGGCGGCACCGAGAAGGUGGUCAAGGCAGGAGCUGGCUCGGUCUUGCUCCGCACAAGUUUCAUGUCCAGCGACCAGAUGAGCAACGCGGCUAGCGGUAGCCCGAAGAGCAUCAGGACGAGGGGCUUCACGGACUGCAAAAACGGGACUAGGAGUAAACAGGCCUGCGGAUAUGACGAAGAGCGCACGGCUGCUCUCGAGAGCGGCGGCGCCAAGUGA